AUGACUACCACAGAUGAAAGAGCAGUAUUUGCCAAACUUGAGGCUCUGAAAGAAAUCAGAAUGAAAACUAUCCAGCUGGAAAAACUUAAAGCCAGAUUGGUGAUGGAGGUAGAAGCUCAAGAGCAAGAAGAGAAAUGCCUUUCUGAAUAUAAACAGGAAAUGGACCUACUAAUGCAAGAAAAAAUGUCUCACGUUGAGGAGCUUCGACAAAUCCAUGCUGAUAUCAAUGCUAUGGAAGGUGUAAUAAAACAGGCAGAGGAGAGCAAAUCAAGAUCAAUGUCAGCUGCAGUUAGACUGCAUACAGAAUAUUUACCAUUAAAAAAUGAGAUUGACAGACUCAGAAGGGAUUGCUUAGGAUUGAAUCGUCUUCCUGAGCUGCAUGAGGAAGAAGGUUCUAGUAUAACACCAGAGAAAUUUGCCCAGCUAUACAACGCUGCUAAAUCUCAAUCGACAACGUCAACGUUUGUGAAGCCUACAGAUUGGAACCGCCCCCUGGCACCCAAUGACAGCCCAUUAAGUGGGCUGGCACCGCCUCCAUUACCACCCACUUUUUUGCCGCCGCCCAAUCCUCUCAGAUUGGUUACAGGCAAACAUGACAAUCGGCAUGGUUCCUUGGCACCUUCUCCACAUCCUGGACCACCUACACCAACAUUUAGACAACAACCUCCGCCAAUGAAAUCCUGCCUGAGUUGUCAUCAACAAAUACAUCGCAACGCACCUAUCUGCCCUCUUUGCAAGGCAAAGUCUAGGUCUAGGAAUCCUAAAAAGCCGAAGAAAAAAGAACAUUAAGGUAAUGAGAUGCAUCCGAUUCAUAGGAUACAAUCUUGUAGGUUAUGAAAGUUUGCAAGUGUUACGGCGAAAGUAAUAUGAGUUGAACAAAAAUAAUUUAAGGGUCUGCUGAUUAUUUACAAUGAUUUAGAGAAAUAGUAUAGGAUAUUUCUCAAACCAUAUCGGCUGGACUUAUGCCGGCUACUUGUCGUCGUUGUUGGACAUUUUCGUGAAACAUUGUGGUGCGACACAGAUGGCGUGAAUAAAUGCGCGCUCAGACUACAGUUGGAAAUUAUGCAUUUUUGUUCUUGUUGAACAAGUUUGGUAUAUUCAAAUUAUGGACAUGAUUAACUUACUGUCUCAAAAAGUACUAUACAUCUUUGUUGCUAUAUUUGAUCGACGUGUUUUUACCCUUUAUUCUUCCAAACCCUAGAGACUCAUGUAACUUUCGUUUUUUUUUAUUUAUACUGCUGGUGUAGUUUUCUGUCUUCAUUUACCUGGUUAACUAUACUUGUCUUUAUUUUAGAGUGCAUUUUGACCCAGUGCUAGCAUAUAAAAAUGGCUUUGUUUUAGUAUCUUAACUUUAAGUGGUAUUAAGUUUUGAUAGUGCCAAAAUGUAAUCCUUUCGUAAUGAAUUUUAUAUGAAUUCUAUUUAUACAAAAUUGUGUGCGAUUUACAAAAUAAUGUGUCCUAAAUAGAGUACUUAUACACAA